UUGUGUUCAUUAAAAGUGUUGAAAUCGACGGAAAGGUUCAGGUGUUUAUGUAGAAUGAGAACGAGAACUGCAGAACCAGAGGAACGCUUUAACCGGCCAAAACGGAACAAUGAUCUCCAAAACUAUGACACUGUUUUGUGCUGCUUUCAGCCUCGAUCAAAAACCGUCUGUUCUGGUUUGCUGUGAGACAUCUAGCGUGUUAUUUUGGUCUUGUGCUCAGAAUAAUGAGUUUAUAGCCUGACUGCGGCCUUCUUUAUUCUCCUCAGAGUUAACGGAAACAGGACACACAAACUUGCGUUUGCGAGAAAAAAGUCCUAGUUAUGAGAUAAAAUAGGAGUCUUCCCGGUGAAGAGAGAUGGCUCUUAUCAAACAGGAGAGUGAAGACCUGAGGAUCGUAGAAGUAUUCAGCCUGAAACAUGAAGAGACUGAGGAACAAACGGUAGCACACACGUGUCUUAUGUUCGACGGGGCCUCAGUCUGUUGACAGUCGCUAUGGAGACGGGUGAUCCCGAGCUCAACGUCGUGUGUUGUCAUCUUCAGAUUACGGCACUGGAUGUUUGGGAGAAGCUGCACUCAUUAGACUACAUGCUUCAAUGGCUGUCUUCAAUGCAGCGGUGUGUGUGCUUUGAUCCAGUCCUGUCUAGACAUAUUUUGGGAUUUUAAGGUGUCGUCUAUCUCUAAUGUGUCCGGGAAUGCUGUUAAAUGUUUUCACAAGUCUUUGAAAUGCUAAUUUUGCAUGGCCUCCAAUGAUGAAAUAUAGACUUGCAUGUCUCCAGAAAUCACUGCAGCUUGUGACAAUUUUUCAGUUAAGAACUUCUCGCCAUUUCUUUCAAAGAUGAACGUUUUUCUUCAUUACAUCUUUCUUCAGUUAAUUGCAUGUCUUGACUUGAGCUCCUAACUGUAAACUUCAGUAGCGAUGGGGUUGAAACUUUUCACAAGUACUAUUGCACAUUGAUGGGUUCUCUUAAAGGAAGGGUUGACCUUAAAAUAAAGUUUGUAACCAGGAUUAUUUUUCUUUUUUCACUUUAGACCUGAUGACAAUAAAAAAAGAGCGUCAAGAAGCGAAAGAAAUAGAAGAGAAAUAUCAAUAUAAGAGGCGUGAUUUCUUGGCUGUAGAAAAAUCCAUACCGACUGAAAGAAAUUCCGUUCAGAAGACCAAACCUCCCAGUUACUUAACUUGUCACGAAUGUGGAAAGUGUUUCACAAUAAAAGGAAACCUUAAUGAACACAUGAAAACUCACAUUAGAGAGACGCCAUUCCCGUGUCUAUACUGUGGGAAGACUUUCAAACUAAAAGGAAGCCUGGAUGAACACGUGACCAUUCACACUAGAGGGAAGCCAUUCGCUUGUGAUCAUUGUGGAAAAAGUUUCAGUAAAAAAGGAAACCUUAAUAAACAUGUGACCAUUCACACCGGAGUGAAGCCGUUCACUUGUGAUCAGUGUGGAAAGAGUUUCAGAUAUAAAGAGACACUUAAUUCCCACACGAAACUUCACACUGGAGAGAAGCUGUUCACGUGCCAACAUUGUGGAAAGAGUUUCACGCUAAAAGGAAACCUUAAUGAACACAUGAAGAUUCACUCCGGAGUGAAGCCGUUCUCCUGCCAACACUGUGGAGUGAGCUUCGCUAAAAAAGGAAACCUUAAAGAACACCUGAAGAUUCACUCUGGAGUGAAGCCGUUCAUCUGCCUGCACUGUGGGAAGAGUUUCAUUAAAAAAGGCACCCUUAAUCAACACCUUACCAUUCAUUCAGAGAAGCCGUUCACUUGUGAUCAGUGUGGAAAGAUUUACAAAUAUGAAGAAAGCCUCAAGUCCCACAUGAAGAGUGAACACUCAGGAGAGAGUGGUUUUCAUCAGUGUGAUCGGUGUGGAGAGAGCUUCAGCUGUAAAGUAAGCCUCUACACUCAUGUGAGACUUCAUACUACAGAGAAGGCUUUCACCUGCCAGCUGUGUGGAGAUAGCUUCUUACAAAACGGAAAUCUGAAGUCCCACAUGAGGAUUCACACCGGAGAGAAACGAUCGGUGUGGAAAGAGUUUCAGACGUGACCCUUGAUUCACACGGGAAGAGGAAAUGGAUCAUAAAUAGACUUUGAACAGAUUAAAUGUUGUUAAUACCAAGCAAAUGUAAAGAAGUGACAUGACUGGGGAUGUCUUUUUGUUAGUUUUAAUGGCAACAAAAAAUACACAUUUCUGUGAAAUGAAGGGGACUUUCACACUGAAGUUGAAUGAACUUCGGGUCCCACUUUAUAUUAGGUGACCUUAACUAUUUUAUGUAUUUACCUUUAAUUUAAUCAUUUGGUACAAUGCACUUAUUGUGUACAUGUUUUUACAUUGUGCUUGUAUUUUCAAAAAUAUCUAUAUGUAAUUAUAUCUUUAUAAUU